CGCCAUUUGAUACGGUCGACGAAGCAUGAACAUGACGAGACUCCUUGCGGCCGCGAUUGCCACGGCGGGGAUAUCGUUAGCGCACAAAGCGGAUGUACAUGUCCGUGUGAAUCAGAGUGUCACAACAACAGUGUCUGCACCGUCACGAACGAAUACACCACUUCCUUCAAACGCACAACCGCUGUUCACGUCGUACCACAACCGUACGCGAAGGCAGAAGCAGCAGACAUCGGCUCCACCGAUGAGCACUGGUCCGCCAGGUAUCGAAGACGACAUGUCGUACACGUGCAAGAUGCUUCCCAAGAUUUGUCAGAGUCCCAAGGACGACGAAUCGGGGGAUGCUUGUCGUCUGCUCUUUCCCGACUGUUACGGCGCGACCAUCCAUCGAGGAAAGGCGCGCGCGUCGGGAAUACCCGACUGCGAUACGAUUCGCAUUGCCAAGCAACUUGAUGCGUACCCCACCACGAGGCAAUGCAUGCAAUCGUCGCGACUGAGCGUGUUUGCCAUCUUAUACGAACAGCCGCUCGUGCGAGGUCAAGUGCACGCGUUCAAUCGUUCGGUCGCGUGUGUCGAUUUCUUCGUCAACAUGAAUGUUGUCAUGCGGCACCACGUGCCUUGCAACGUUGACACGAUCUUGUACGACGGCGACGCAUUUCCUGCCACGUUGGGCGAGGCAAACGCGACAGAACUGUCUCGCACGUUCCAAAGCGCUGUGAACGAACUGAUGGCGCAAGUGCACAUCGGAUACAAGUCCCCGUCCAACAUGUCAGCGAACGCGGCCGCGUUCGUUCAGUUUCGCAACACGACAAUGUUGCACAUUGCGCUGGACCCACAGCUGAGCGUGUCAUGGGUGAUUACCUUCCUCAUCGGGUGCGCCAUGAUAUGCAUGGGCAUCGAGCUGUGUCUUCAGCUGGUCGAAAAGCAUUGCCUUACCCAACCCAAGUUUGUCCAAAUGUUUCACAUUUCGUGCCGAGAUCUCAUGACGGGAGGCUUGCUACUGUUCGUCCUGCUCCAGUUGGAAACAUGGCAACUUGUGGCGCCGGGCGACCUGUACGACCACUGCUUCAAGCUCGCGGGGGACAUCGUUGUGUACUUUCUUUGGUCUGGAAUCCUUCAAGCCAUUCUCUUGUUUUACCGCCUCGAUCGGCGCAUCCAAGAAGUCCACGCGAUGGCCACACGAAGCUCCAAGGAAUUUCUCCACGUCGCGACUUCGGCCGGCACCGUGACGGCUGAUGAGCACGUGCCACAUGUGUUCCGUCGCGGUGUCAAGUUCCACAUCGUCAGGCGAUUCUUCUUGCAACUGCACCGGCUGCCGCGCCGGUUUUUGUACUCGCACUACCUCCAACUCGUCCAAGACAAUCUUGUGCUUGAGAUGCUACGUCUAGACGUUACCACAUUUAUCUGUCUUGUGUGCACGUACGCGUGUUACUUUUCCGUGAGCCACGCGGUCUUUCUCGCGAUUGAAUUCCCCGACGAAAGCCCAGAAAUGAGCCGCGAAGUCAUGCUCCGCGCCGCCAACGUGUACCGUCCCCUGGCGCUGCAGUAUCGUCUUGGUGUGCUCACCGUCCUAGUCGUCCUCUCAUGGCUCCUCUCGAUCGUUCUCUACCUGUACAUGAACAGUUGGCAACACAAGAUCGUCGACCACGCCAGCGACUGCGUCAACAGCAUGCAUGUCAAGACUCUCCUCACGACGCUGCAAGCGAUCUCUGUGAAAGAAACAGACGAGUCCACUGAGCCUGCGGCAGAUGCAGUCCAGCGCAUGCAAGGACUUGCCGAUGCCCUCGCCGACCGCGAAAAUGACUCCGCGUGGUCGUUGCUCGUAAAUUGGUGGCGUGCCAGAAGACAGUCCACCAGCGCUCCGAACCCAUCUCCAGCGUUCGUUCUCAGCGCUCGAACGGUGCGACCUGCCCUGUCACGAGGUGUCUUGCGAGGCCUUGCCAAGUUUGGACUCGCCCUCAACGCGCUCUACUUUGCGUUGCUCUUCAGCGCGGCCGUCGUGAUUGUAGUUCCCGGCACUCCUUGGUGGUACCGUGCAUACGUGUGGGGACUCCUAGCUCUUCUCGUGCUGCACGUGACUGUCAUGUCGGCCAAUGUCGUUGAGAAGCUCGCGUUCGUCACGGCGACCGUGUUUGCCAGCGAGCCCGAAAUGAAGCAAGCGCUGACGCAGUUUGCCAACCAACUCCGGUCCGAGCACUCGUUGUCGUCGAUCACGACAACUGGUACAGCCGCGACCGCUUCGACUUAAAAUGUCUUGUAAAGUACACCAAAACGCGGUCCCUGCUCAAGUCAUCACGAGUGAAUCGAUCUUGGCGACGAUUACGAUGGGGCUCCACUCAUGCAGCUCUAGUGCAACCGUGAGCGGAGAAAGACACGUCAACCGACGCACUCGAUUGUGCGCAACCAUGCAUCAUGGGUUUUGACCCAACGAAAGCACCCUGAGCUCUAGACGGCAACCGCACGCCAUGGAUGGAGCAAUUACUGCAAGUACACGCGUCCUUUCCACAACUCUUGAAGUGUCGUUAUAAUGGUCAUGCUGGAAUGGUCCAAGUCCGAGAGACGCCACGACACAGUGGCUCGGUGACUACACAUUCGAAACGAGAUCGAACGUCAAAGCAGAGCAUGACGAUGGAAGGCCCAGGAAGCUGUAUCGAACCCAAUGGUGUUGGCGAAGUUAUC